AAAUUUUUCGCUGAUGGUUGGAUUGGGUUUAAGUACAACUGUGAAUUGGUGCGAUGAAAACGUAGAAUUGCACUUGUAUUAGGAAUCUUCAGUUUUUCUGCAAAAGUUUAAAGCAAAGAAAUCUAAUUUCCAUAGAGGAACUAAAAUGGGUGUACCUACGGCUAAAAAUCCUGAAGCUAUGGAUGUUGAAAUAAUCUUUGAGGGUCAAAAUGGUGAUGGAGAUGUUUGUGAUAAAAAAGAUGCUGAUCUUCAAACAAUAUAUGAUAUACGCGAGCAUGCUCGUCAAAUAGAAAAAGCUGUACAAAGCAAAGAACCACGUUUUAUUUUAAGAGCUUUGCGUACGCUACCUAAUACACGUCGCAGAUUAAACUCGAACGUCCUGCGUGGAGUAAUUCUAAGUUUUUAUCCUAAACCAUGUGCCGAACGUGAUGCAUUACUGUCAUGGUUAGAAGACUCUGCUGAAUUUGAAGAAACGCAGAAACUUCGCAUCUCCACCAUAACUCCACUACCUGAAAUUGAUACUUACAUUCAUUUACUAGUUCUCGUACGUUUAAUUGAUGCUGGAAAACACGAAGAAUCCGUUCAAUGCUCUGAGGCAUUGUUGCAAAAAAUUAUUGCUCAAAAUAGACGUACAAUUGACCUGAUUGCUGCCAAAUGUUAUUUCUAUUAUUCAAGGGCAUAUGAAUUAAUUGGGAGACUGGAUAAAAUUCGCGGAAUAUUGCACUUGAGAUUGAGAACGGCAACGCUUAGAAAUGACUUUGAAGGACAGGCUGUAUUAAUUAAUUGUUUAUUACGGAACUAUUUACAUUAUAAUUUGUAUGAUCAGGCAGAUAAACUUGUACUGAAAUCAACUUUCCCAGAAUCUGCCAGCAAUAACGAAUGGGCUAGAUUUUUAUAUUAUUUGGGACGCAUCAAAGCUGCUAGAUUAGAAUAUUCUGCUGCACAUAAGUAUUUAGUACAGGCUCUUAGAAAAGCUCCACAAAGUACUGCAGUAGGUUUCCGUCAAACAGUGCAAAAACUGGCUGUAACUGUGGAACUUUUACUUGGAGAUAUUCCAGAACGUCAAACUUUCAGACAAGCUGCUAUGCGUCGUGCAUUAGCUCCAUAUUUCCAACUGACUCAGGCUGUGCGUUUAGGAAAUCUUCAACGUUUUGGGGAAGUUUUAGAAAACUUUGGCCCACAAUUUAGAGCCGAUCAUACAUUUACUUUAAUCCUGAGAUUGAGGCACAAUGUUAUUAAAACUGCAAUUAGGUCAAUUGGACUGUCCUAUUCCCGAAUUUCUCCCACAGAUAUUGCAAAGAAGCUUGGUUUGGAUUCUAGUGUCGAUGCUGAAUUUAUUGUUGCUAAAGCUAUUAGAGAUGGUGUAAUCGAAGCUACCUUAGAACCAGAAAAUGGAUACAUGCGUAGCAAAGAAACUACGGAUAUUUAUUGUACUAAAGAACCAUUACUCGCGUUUCAUCAAAGAAUUACUUUUUGUUUAGACUUACACAAUCAAAGUGUUAAGGCUAUGAGGUAUCCUCCAAAGUCCUAUGGUAAAGAUCUUGAAUCGGCUGAAGAACGUAGAGAAAGAGAACAACAAGAUUUAGAGCUUGCUAAGGAAAUGGCAGAAGAAGAUGAUGACGGAUUUCCUUAGAUUGUUUAUUUUUUCGAUACAUUUAAUUAAUAAAAUGAUCCAAUAAAAUCAUGAAAGACGCUUCUUCAUGUUACACUUUCUUAUAUUUAAUAUCAGGUACACGAAAAUUUUGUUCUCAUAUUGCGAAAUUAAAAACUUUCAAUAUACACAGAAAAAUAUUGUAUAAAAGCGUCGUACUUUUUAUAAGAACAAAUAAGCAAUGAAAGUAAGUUUCAAGAACACAAGAUUGUAAAUACAUUUAUUAAUAUUUCAAAGUUAAUGAGAUAUAAAUCUACUCCUUGUCAUAAUAUCAAUUAAAUAUUAUACAAUAAAAUAAAUACUAGAUAAUAUUAAAGUGAAAUAUUUGAAAUAUUUGAACUCCAUAAAUUAUAAUAAAAUUGCAGACAAUUUAUAUUUAGUAAAUUUUUUGUAGCACAUCAUUUUGUAUAACCUUCGUUUUCUUAUUUAUUUACUCGGUAACUUUUCAUGUAAUUAGAAUACAAACUGUAGAAACUUCGAACUUCAAUUAUGCUUUUAUUAACGAUGUUUUAACAAAUCAUCAUUAUUAGAUAUAAAAACAAAUAUCUAAAAAUAGUAUAAAAACAUUUACACACGCUCAAACACGCAUAAAUAUAACAAUAUACCGUACGUAUCCGGAAAAUUUGUUGUUCUUAAAGAACAUUAUUCUCUUUACAUUAAUUUCACUUCGGUCCUUCUUUUCGGAAAACAAUUUACGACAGAAUUGUUUUAUUAUCUUCAUAUUUUCUUAGUAGAAUAAAUGUUAAUAAUCAUAUUUUUUCCAAAAUAAAUGUAAUAUAUUUGCGUUGGAGGUCCUUUUAAGGAAAUAUUUUUCUACAAGAGAAGAAUUUUCGAGAAUAUAAAUCUGGUAAAAAAAAGAGAGAGAGAGAGAGAGAGAGAGAGAGAGAGAGAGA